UCAUAAUGCUCUCGUUUUAUGGAAUAUCUCCCCUACAUCGUACCAAUAGUGUAAACAAAAUAAUGUCCGGUUUCAUGUUAUAUGUCUCUUGCUAUCAAGGUCAAGUAUUCAACAAAUGAACGGAUUGCGAAUAAUGACAGGCGAGCCACCUAUGGAAACUAAUGUUAUUGAAGGCCUACCACCAUCAAGAGGCGAGUCCGUAGUAUUUACGGAGACUACCGACCUCAGUUCUUUGCCCGAGGGAACCGAUGGCGCUCACAGCGAAAAUAGUGAGCAACUAACAGGAGAAGAGAACUUUCGUGCUAGUCGGUUUGCAAAGAAGAGCGCCCUCUCUCAGUGGUUCCCGCAAAUCAAAGAUGACGAGAAUAACAGCAGGCGCAUAUACUUCUCGCGGAGAAGCCGUGCUCUUCUGUUACAAAUCCUGCUCAUCGGUCUCAUAUUUACGGCUAAUCUUGGCUUGACAAUAUUCGCGAUUGUUCAUUACGAGAGCCAAAAUGGAGUAGGAACUAUCUACGAGGGCGAUUGUAAAAAGGUCAAAACCCUUGACCAAUGGUUACAUCUUUUGAUCAACUUCCUUGGAACCGGCAUGCUGUCAGCGUCGAAUUAUUGCAUGCAACUUCAAGCUGCCCCUACUCGAGAAGAUAUCGAUCGCGCUCACGAAGCCAAAGCACAUGAGCAAAAUCCCGAACAUCCAGAGGGUCGAUGGCUAGACAUUGGUGUACCAAGUUUACGAAAUCUCCGAUAUAUCAGCAAUUGGAGACGGGCUGGCUGGGUUCUCCUGGCUCUUAGCUCCAUACCCAUCCACCUAAUGUAUAAUUCUGCUGUAUUUCAGUCUCUCGCAUCAAAUGAUUAUACGAUUGCAGUAGUGAAGGAUUCAUUUGUCAAUGGAAGUUCCUGGAACCUCACCACGGCCCAAGAUAACCGACGGGGAGAUUAUGGUUGGGACGAAAGCCGGGUCAAUCCGUCUAAUCGCAACUACACGGAAAUUAUUCAGGAUAUGCAGAAAAAUGUGAUGGGUAUUGGAUGGGAGGAGUUGAAUGUGUCCGCCUGUUACGCACUGUACAACGACUAUUUCGCGGCUCAAGGCAACGGUGUCAUAUUCGUAAAGAAUGACACUGGUUCAGAGGAUGACAGUCUGUUGAUGUAUGUAUCCAUCAUACCACGGUCCGACGACUGGGCGAAGAAUAUGUGGGCGGCUAUGAAUGGGUCGUCGAAUUUUAUAGCCAGAGGCACCGACGAUACGGUAACCACCUGGUUCCUCGGACCGAAACAAUACGAAGUAGCCUCUUGUCGAGUCCAAUCUCCCGAUACGAUCACUAACCACUGUCGAUUCGAGUUUUCGCCAGGAAUAAUGCUUACUGUCUGCGUACUGAACUUCACUAAGGGCUUCGUGAUGUUAUUCAUCUGGACGCUGAGGAAAUGGCAGGAAACUGAGCGCGGUGAAGAGGAUAAGGUAAUCCUAUAUACGCUCGGUGACGCUAUUGCCUCUUUUAUGAGGAAACCGGACCCGACCACGGCCAAUAUGUGUCUCGCUACUAAGGAUGAAUUCAUACGUCGACGUCCAUGGAAAUCCCAUCUCGUAAAGCAACCCCUCCAACUGAACCGGAACCCUAGAGAAUGGGAGAAGAAAGACAAAUACUGGUUUACCGCUGCCAGCAUCCGACGAUGGUUCAUAUUGCUAUUUUUGUGCUGUCUUACCAUUCUAGUAGCAGCAAUCCUACUCGGUGUAUCUUUCACGAGCCUACAUCAUCGAAACUUCUCCACAUCUAUACCGGCACUCUACGAUCUAGGGUUUGGUCAAUUGACGCCAUAUACUUAUCUCGUUGUCGGGCUUCCGCGAGAGGAUCCAAAGGGCCUCAUCUUGAAUGUGCUCUUGGCGAAUCUACCUCAGUUAAUCGUAUCCAUCCUCUACAUAUUCUAUAACGCUAUGUUGAGCACAUUCUUGGUCCAACGAGAGUUUAGUCGGAUGUAUCUGAACCAACGAAAACCACUUCGCGUGUCGGAACCAAUAGGGAUUCAGCGGUCCAGCUACUUCAUCUCUCUGCCGCUCCGCUAUGGGAUACCCCUUUAUGCGACAUCCGGUCUCAUGCAUUGGCUGAUCUCGCAGAGCUUGUUCUUAGCUCGAAUAACAGCCAUAUGCGCAGAUGGGGACCCGGAAGUGUGUCCUGGUGGUCAAGUCGACCUUGCUAACUCCUUCUCAACUUGUGGCUAUAGCCCGUUUGCUGUUUUCAUUACAUUGCUCGUCGGAGCCUUCAUCGUCUUAUCAAUCGUAGGAAUAGGGUUUCGCAAAUACGAUGGAACUAUGAGCAUGGUCUCGACCAACAGUAUGGCCAUUAGCGCCGCUUGUCACGUCCUCGAAGAAGAUCAAAAAGACGGUUACCUUCUCCCAAUCCAAUGGGGAGUUGUGGAAAUCAACGAUAAAAUUGGGAAGUGCGCAUUCACGACAGCUCCAUCAGACAGGAUAAAAAUGCCGGAAGCCGGAUUGAAGUAUAAGUGAUUAUAUCCAGGGCGACGCUUCUCGAUAACUCGUAAUAAAACAAUGGCCUCGAAGCUCAAGACGAUUACAAGUUAAUUUAUAAUAACCCUAACCAACUCCGCACCCAUAAGUUUGCUUUAUACCGUUGCCCAUGUGUAUCC